AUGCAGGUGGUUGAGGAGUUGAUAUUGCUAGGAAAAAUUGCAUGCCCUAUGGCAAUAUCAAGCUUAGUUUUGCACUCCAAAUCUAUAAUAUCUAUGCUCUUCUUGGGACAUCUUGGAGAUAUUGAACUAGCAGGGGGUUCACUUGCAAUUGGCUUUGCAAACAUAACAGGCUAUUCUGUUAUUAAAGGACUAGCAAUGGGGAUGGAACCCAUAUGUUGCCAAGCAUAUGGAGCUAAAAAAUGGUCAAUUCUAAGCCAAACCUACAAAAAGACACUAUGCAUCCUCUUUCUUGCAACUAUCCCAAUCUCCCUGUUAUGGCUAUAUAUGGAGCCAAUCCUUUUAGGGUUUGGUCAAGAUCAAAACAUUACAUCCAUUGCAAGGGUCUAUAUUACGUACUCGAUCCCUGAACUCCUAUCCCAAGCUCAUCUUCAUCCAUUAAGGAUUUUCAUAAGGAUUCAAAAUCUAACAAAACCCAUUGCCAUAGUUGUUAUUUUUUCAAUGAUCCUUCACUUUCCUAUCAAUUACUUGCUUGUAAUACAUUUAAAUUUAGGUGUUAAGGGAGUUGCCUUGGCCUCUUUUUGGUAUACAAUAAACUUGAGCUUGGGUCUAUUAGCAUACCUCAUUCUAUCAAGAACAGCAAUGAAACCUUGGAAGAAUUUGCAUGUAACAUCUUUCUUUCAAGGGUGGCAGCCGCUGGUUUCCCUCAUGCUGCCAAGUGUAUUAUCAGUGUGCUUGGAGUGGUGGUGGUAUGAAAUAAUGCUCCUAUUGUGUGGCCUCCAAGAUAAUCCUCAAGCAAGUGUAGCUGCAAUGGGAAUCCUCAUUCAAACCACAGGCUUGCUUUAUGUAGUUCCAUACUCUUUAAACUUGGGUUUAUCGGCUCGUGUAGGGCAAGAGCUGGGGGCUGGGCAACCCUCACAGGCAAAAAGGGCUACCACUGUAGGACUCAUUGUGUCAAUUUUUUGUGGACUAUUAGCCUUUGUCUUCACAGUUUCAGUGAAAGAUUGGUGGGGAAAGAUGUAUACAAAAGAGCAACAGAUCUUAGACUUAAUAUCGCUGGUGUUGCCUAUAGUUGGAGUUUGUGAGCUGGGAAACUGCCCACAAACAGCUGCAUGUGGAGUCCUAAUAGGCUCUGCAAGGCCUAAGGUGGGUGCUUGUGUAAACUUUGUUGCCUUCUACCUAAUUGGUUUGCCAGUUUCUACACUUUUGGCCUUCAAACUUAAGUUGGGAGUUAUGGGAUUGUGGUUUGGGCUUGCUGCAUCACAAGCUUCAUGUGUUUGCUUGAUGAUAUAUGUUCUAGUUUGCACUGAUUGGAAGUACCAAGCACAAAGGGCCAAGGAAUUGACUCAGCUCACUGAUGAAGAUGGAAACAAUGAUUUGGAAGCCAAUCUCCUAUACUCUACAAACUAA